AUGACUGGACAAAAGCAACCCAAAGUUAUUCUCUGCGACAUUGGUGGAGUGUGUGUCGUGUCCCCGUUUCAAUCCAUCCUCGACUACGAGCUCAGUCUCGGUAUCCCGCCUGGAUGGGUCAACUACUCCAUCUCCAAGACAAGCCCUUCCGGCUUUUGGCAUCGCCUUGAGACGGGCUCAAUUCCCAUGGACAAGGCCUUCUUUGAGGGCUUCAACAACGACCUUCACGACCAAGGUCGUUGGGAGGCUUUUUACACCACACAACAAGCCAAAACUCCAUCACUGCCCAAGGAGGUCCCGCCACUUCCGGACAUCGAUGGCGAGUUCCUCUUCAACACCAUGAUGACCAACUCCAUACCUCCAGACCCCUGGAUGUUCCCGGCCCUGAAGAAUCUCAAGGCAAGUGGCAAGUACAUUCUCGCCGCACUGAGCAAUACCGUUAUAUUCCCCGAGGGGCACAAGCUCUGGAGGAAAGACUUCCUGGACGACCCCGUGCGCAGUCUUUUUGACGUUUUCAUCUCAUCGGCACACGUUGGCUUGCGCAAGCCCGACCCCAAGAUAUACCAACUCGCUCUGAAGACCGUCAAUGAGUACGCCGUGAAGAACGCCGAGUCGGAGAGAGGCCGGGCCUUGGGAUGGGCCGACGGAAUCAAGGCGGACGACAUCCUCUUCCUCGAUGACAUCGGCGAGAAUCUGAAAGAGGCAAAGAAACAGGGCUUCGGUACGAUCAAAGUCCAUUUGGGCAGGACGUAUGAGGCCGUAGAAGAACUCGAAAAAGCGACAGGCUUGGCUCUGGAAGGAAAUCAUCCAAAGAUCCCUAUUAAGCCAAACAUGAAGGGAAGUGGAAAGGCAAAAUUGUAG